GGGCGGGAGCAGGACCGCCGUGCAUCCGGAGCCCAGCGCGUCCCGCAGGGAGCCUCUCGCCCGACAUGCCCGCCGAGGGGGAGCCGCUGAGCGCCCCCGCCGCCGGCCCGGGGCUCGGCGAGUCGCAGUACCUGCAGCAGGUACGGCACAUCCUACAGCACGGCCACCGGAGGGAGGAUCGCACCGGCACUGGCACCCUCUCCGUGUUCGGCAUGCAGGCGCGGUACAGCCUGAGAGAUCAGUUUCCACUGCUAACGACGAAGAGGGUGUUCUGGAAGGGAGUGCUGGAGGAGCUGCUGUGGUUCAUCAAGGUUCGGUGUUUGGAUGUCUCUGGUUCUACAAAUGCCAAAGAGCUCUCUGCAAAAGGUGUGAAGAUUUGGGAUGCUAAUGGGUCACGUGAGUUCCUGGAUAAGCAGGGUUUCAGCACCAGAGAGGAGGGGGAUUUGGGACCAGUGUAUGGUUUCCAGUGGAGGCACUUUGGAGCAGAAUACAAAGAUAUGCACACAGAUUACUCCAACCAAGGAAUUGAUCAGUUGCAAAAAGUGAUUGAAACGAUCAAAACCAAUCCAGAUGACAGAAGAAUCAUUAUGUGUGCUUGGAAUCCAAAAGAUAUUUCUCUGAUGGCUUUGCCUCCAUGCCAUGCUCUUUGCCAGUUCUAUGUUCUAAAUGGUGAAUUGUCUUGCCAACUCUAUCAGAGGUCUGGAGAUAUGGGACUAGGAGUGCCUUUCAAUAUUGCCAGCUACUCACUGCUCACAUACAUGAUUGCCCAUGUCACAGGGCUAAAGCCUGGAGAGUUCAUACACACUUUAGGAGAUGCUCACAUAUAUCUGAAUCAUGUGGAACCUCUUAAAGUUCAACUUCAGAGGGAGCCAAGACCUUUCCCCAAACUCAGAAUUCUUCGUAAGGUUGAAGACAUCAGUGACUUUAAGGCAGAAGACUUUCAGAUUGAAGAUUAUAAUCCUCAUCCACCUAUUAAAAUGGAAAUGGCUGUUUAAUGCUGUAAACCAGCAUUAAAUAUUUAUGUGGAAAUGUACCUAAGCUACUUAGUUUCUCUAAAAUGAUCUUUUAUAUACUUCAAAAGAUACCUACUUUAUUAUUAAAAAGAAAUAGAUAGUAGCAGACCAGAACUGCCUUCAGUACUAACCUGUAGUUGUACAGAACAGAUGAUUAUGCCUGAUGUACUGUGCAGACAUUAACUCAUCUCUUAAGUUGAUAGUGAGCUAGUUUUCUGCAUGUUUCAGUGGCCACUUAAAUUACCAUUCAGUUACUGUGAGCACUUGCUUAUGUGCUUGAUAUAAAGAGGAUUCCUUCAGGGUUGGAGAAUUUGUUAAAUAUGUUCUAAAGAGUAUAUGUCUAAUAAAGCUUUUUUAAAAAAAA